AAUACUUCUGGCACCCAGUCCACCUGCCUCAGACUUUGGCCUCAGUGGUAGCUAGUGGGAGCCUGGGAAGCCCUGGAGCAAAGUUUCUCAAGCAAAGCAAAAGAAGAAACUUCAGGUGUUGGUAGUGCCUGCUAGCUUUCCCCUGAGAAGCUUCGGCUGCCACCUGCAGGUCACUUGGGGUCCGGCCAUGUGGCUGCCUCUGCUUCUGGGAGUCUCGCUCUGGGCAGCACUGUGGUUGCUCAGGGACCGGCAGAGCCUGCCCGCCAGCGAUGCUUUCGUCUUUGUCACCGGCUGUGACUCGGGCUUUGGGCGGCUUCUGGCACUGAGGCUGGACCAGAGAGGCUUCCGAGUCCUGGCCAGCUGCCUGACCCCCUCAGGGGCAGAGGACCUCGAGCGGGUGGCCUCCUCCCGACUCCACACCACCCUGCUGGAUGUCACAGAUCCCCAGAGCAUCCGGCAGGCAGCCAAGUGGGUGGAAACACACGUCAGGGAAACAGGGCUUUUUGGUCUGGUGAAUAAUGCCGGCAUGGCUGGCAUCAUCGGGCCCACACCUUGGCAGACACAGGAGGAUUUCCAGCGGGUGCUGAAUGUGAACACACUGGGUCCCAUCGGGGUCACCCUCGCCCUGCUGCCCCUGCUGCGGCAGGCCCAGGGCCGGGUGAUCAACAUCACCAGUGUCCUGGGCCGCCUGGCAGCCAAUGGAGGGGGCUACUGUGUCUCCAAGUUUGGCCUGGAGGCGUUCUCUGACAGCCUGAGGCGGGACGUGGCUCCUUUCGGGGUACGAGUCUCCAUCGUGGAGCCUGGCUUCUUCCGAACCCCUGUGACAAACCUGGAAAGUCUGGAGGACAGCCUGCAGGCCUGCUGGGCACGGCUGCCUCCAGCCACACAGGCCCUCUAUGGGGAGAGCUUCCUCACCAAAUAUCUGAGAGUGCAGCAGCGCAUCAUGAACCUGAUCUGUGACCCGGACCUGACCAAGGUGAGCAAGUGCCUGGAGCAUGCCCUCACUGCCCGUCACCCCAGAACCCGCUACAGCCCAGGCUGGGACGCCAAGCUGCUCUGGCUGCCAGCCUCCUACCUGCCAGCCAGCCUGGUGGAUGCUGUGCUCACCUGGGUCCUUCCCAAGCCUGCUCAGGCGGUCUACUGAACCCAGCCCUCCAGCAAGAGGUUGUCGUUCAAGGCAGGGACUUUGAUUUAUUUCUGUCCCCUACCCUGGCACUGCCUGGUGCCUGGUACAAAACAGGCACUCA